GCAACGGAUAUUCGACUGCCCUUCAUGUCGUGACGAUGUCAUUGCGCGCUGGUGUUCGCCAUUGCUCGAGCCACGCGGCACCGCUUUGAAGUCUAUUCGCCGAGUGGCUGCCCCAUUCUGUCACUGAUGCCCAAGGUCCCAAAGAUAUGGCUGUACUCUUUGCCGACGUCAAUGAUCUAUUGCAUUCGCGUGGUUUGGCACCAUGUCGGUCCAAGACUAGGCUACCAUUGCCGCGAUGACAUGCAUUCAGUCACGGAAUUCGACGAACGCAUUACGCAACUGGGGGAUCUUGUCCGAGGUAGACUCCACCGGGUUGUCGACGAUGAUUCCAGAACACCCAACAAUCUAUGCGGACCUAGGCGUUCGCACGGCAGGGCGCUGACAUUUUGCCCCGUGCUUCCCCGUGUCAUGCACGUGUCUUUGUGGUCAAUACCAUCGCAACCAUCACACAUCAUGUUUCAAUGCAAACUUGGGUUCUAUUUACUUGUGGGCAGGAUCGAGCGAGUCCACUUGAGGACUUCCGCGGCAUUCGUAUUGUCACCAAACAGCACCCAGCGCUCACGGGAAAAUGACAGGCGAGUUGACGUCAACUACUAUUUGCACCAUUCUGUUUCAACGGCACUGCGGUGAGCAUUGGGCUGUGCCGAGAACACCGAGAACAGCAGGUUGUCGUCGGCCAAUUCAGCUGCGUCAUGUUGGAGCAGCGAUGACGCAUCCACUAGAGACUGAGACGCAAUUGGGUUUGUCGAUUGUAAGACAACCAUCUUGCCAUAUCGACGUCCACGUUGCCGUGGUAAACAGUUUGUUAUGACAACGAUAAACCAUCUCAACUGCGUAUGCUCACGACGCUGCUACCGCGGCAAGGAGGCAAAAACGAUGGCAGCGCGCAAUCGAUACCCGUUGUGCCGCUCAAGACGUCGGCUGCCUGCUUCCAAGUUGGUCCAGGUGGAUUAGCUCCUGGAGUUUGUUGGCUAAUUCAUCAGCCCGUGUGCGCAAGUUUAGCAGU